CUCGUGUCUCCCCCACUACAUGUCUCCCCUCUUCUUGUGUCUCCCCCACUACAUGCCUCCCCUCUUCUUGUGUCUUCCCGACUACAGCUCUCCCCUAUUCUUGUGUCUCCCCCACUACAUCCCUCCCUGUUUCUCAUCACCCCGCCUCUCUCUUCUCGUCCCCAUCCUCCCCUGUUCCGUUCCCUGUUCCUGUUCUUCUGUCCUCUGGUAUCUCCCCAAUAACUGUGUCUCUUUCUCCCUCCCCCCCCUCCUCUCUCUCUCCAACAGGAAUCCUGGACCUUCCAGAUGUCAUCACCCCCAGCAGCAGAGAUGUCUCCUCCCCACCAGGACGGUCAUCAGAUGUCGGUGAGCAGAGCAGCAAAGGGACCUCAGAGGACACCACCCUGCCUGAUGAGGAUGUACUGGGGAAUCAAAUGGUACCUGCAGUAGCUGGGAGUGAGCUCAAUGAGGUGGACCCCACUGGGCCUCCUGCCCAGACAACAGAGUUCUCCCGGCCUCGUCGCUUCUCAUCUCUGCAGUGUCAGCCUCAGAGGGACGAGGUCAGCCGGCUGCGGGCCUCCUCUGGUAGGAGCAAGACCCAGCAACACCAGGAGGCCCUUGGCUUGCCCAACAUUGGAAACAGCUGCUUCCUGAACGCGUCCCUGCAGUGUCUCUACAGCCUGCCCUGCUUCUGCAGUGACAUCACGGGGCAGGAGGACCUCUGGAGCCCCCGGAGAAGAACCAAGCUGAAGCUGCUGAGGUACUUGGGGGAGCUAUAUAAAUCCCGGCAGGGUGAGGGCUCCUACAAAGGCAAGCGCCGGCUCCUUUGGUCCAUCAAGAGCAGUCUGGCAGAGUUCAACGAGGAGUACGAGCAUAUCACUGAGCAGGUACAGCUGAUGAGUCCUUAUCUCUUGGCUUAUGCGCUUGUUGAGGAUUAAACACAUGUCAACUGAACUUCUGGUUUCUGACAGG